GGACAGGUUUUAGUGAUGCACAAGGAAGAAGAAUAUUAAAAAGCGUAUUUACAAACAGAAAGUUUUUGUCGACUAGCAGAAACAGCACCAGUUUUAAGGGUUUCUGCAACGAAACGGUUUUUUUUAGUGCAUCAUGAGUCACAUUAUAUGUAAAGGAUGAGUGUAUGGUUGAACUCGUGACCUUAUAGACAGGUUGAAGCAUGGCAGAUGAGGAUGGCAAAAUGACGCUGAGGCGCCUGGAAGCGCCCAUCCAGAAGUUCAUCAAAGUGGUGAUUCCCACUGAUCUGGAGCGCCUUCAUAAGCACCAAUAUAACAUAGAGAAGUUCCACAGAAACAGCCAGUGGGACAAACUGCACCAGGAGCACAUCAAUGCUAGCCGCACUGUGCAGCAGCUGCGCUCUAACCUGCGCGAGAUGGAGAAGUUGUGCCAACGUGUCCGCAGCGCCGAAGCACCCGCGCUGGAGAAACUCGUCCAGCCAAUCAGAGACCGCGCCUUGGUCGCCACUCGAGACUUCCUGCGCCUUCAUUCGGACUCUAUCAAUCAGCCAGGGCCACACCCACAACAGAGCGACAGCACAGACACUCACGCAGCCUCCGACUCAGCAUAUAGUGAAGAAGAUGUGGGCGGGGCCGAGUCACCCGUCACUCAAUUCCAAGUUCAAUUACCUGCCAUUCCAGCUGAACAAAAUGCUGCGGAAUCCUGGGACUUGUUAGAAGAGGAUCUAUUGGAGCUCAGUGGGUUAGUGAAUGAGUUCUGCUCCCUCGUGCAUGCUCAGCAGGAGAAGAUCGACAGCAUCGAGGCCAACGUUAGUUCGGCGGCGGCUAACGUGGAGGAGGGGACACGCAGCCUAGGGAAGGCAGCACGUUCCAGCCUGGCAGUGUUGCCCGUAGCAGGUGCAGUGGUUGGCACCAUCUUGGCCGGUCCACUUGGAUUGCUGGCGGGAUUUAAAGUGGCCGGUGUGGCAGCCGCAGUGGGAGGAGGCUUGCUCGGCUUCGCCGGAGGAAACCUUAUCCAACGCAAGAAGAAAGAAAGAGUUGAGCUGCAGCUUCAGCGCCUCAACACUAACCAUGAACACGAGCAUGUGCAAUAACACACCUGCUCUUGGUGAGGAGACUGGAAUCCUGUACCGACGCUGGUAUUUAUUCUACACUUAUAGAGUCGUACUGCUCCUCUCUCUCAACCCAGCUGCCUUAAACGGACUGUUUUUGCACAGCAAUUUCCAAAGAGUGUGUAGUAGUGUAUAUCAUGACCCGUGUUACUGACCCGACUGUCCGUCUAUGUGCCAUAUGGCCGUGGGUUAAAAAAUAAAAAAAAAGGAUCGAUCGAGCGGAGCCGGUUCACAGACAUCAGAGAUCACCGGGGGUGUCGUCGGUGUUGGGGUUAUAAAUGAUGAGCUCGAGUGCAGCACAGAUCUUAUCCUGUGAAGUGUGUGCAAGGAGUAAUACCAGACUAUAACGGUCAAAUAAUCACAAUUGGGCACAAUUUGUUCACUGUAGCAUCAUAUUUUAUCUCUUCUAACUUUUGAGCUGUGAACCAUUUGCUUUGUUUAUUAACCUUAGAAUUUAGCCAUUUAUAUUAAAGACGAAUUAGGAUUUCUUGUAGACGAAUUUUAUAUACUUUCUGCUUUCUAUAGUGAGCUAUGAAAACGCAUUAUUACACUACAGAUAUUGAUACGGAUAUAUGGACAGUAAUGUUGUUAAUCAGCAGUUUCGUGACAGGCCAUGAUUUCGUGACAGGCCAUUAAAUGGAGUUAACUAUUUCAGUGAAGUCAGUACAGAUCCUGUUCACUCGGGUUCAUCAGAAUCGUGUCUUUAAGGUGAAUAUCAUCAACACCAUCCAGACGUUUCCCGUUUGUGCCAAGAGCAUUCUAACACCUUUAGAACUGCAGCACACUUGCGUAUAUAAUAAUGAGCUGCUUUUGGUUUCCGAGUAUUCAGAAUCAGGACAGUUUUGUUUCUUUAAACCCUUGCUGAAACCAGCCAAACUAUUCAAGCUUAAUGAUCUAGAAAAUGAAACUGUAAUGUUGCCGCUCUGACAUUUGGAUGCUUGCUACAUUUACCAAUAACAGAUUCUGUAUAUGAUCUUUACAUAUAUUAUAUAUAAAUUGGGGGGGGGGGCACUACUUGAAACUGGGAUUUCAGCAUUUCUUUUGAUGUAAAUUUCCCAUCAUGCAUCAGUGCUAGCAGUAUCAGUAUAUAAAAGGUUGGUAGAGACGCUUAUUUAACAUGGAAGGACUGGCACUCCAGUGUCCGUGCUUCGGAAGAGUAUGUUGUUUUUCACCACGGGGAUGUCUUCAGGAUUUCUCUGAGACAUGUUGUUGUUGUUGUUGUUUGUUUACUUCCGUCCAGAGAGAGGAGGAAAGAGAGACUGGCGAGGGAUUGAUGUUUAAUAGCUGCUAUAAUGUAAGUGUCUCAUGGAGGAAAAAAACAAACUAUAAAUGGUUAUAAAAGCACAAAUUGUCCUUUAUGAAUAAAUUAGAAUUUAUAAUUGUGGUAUUAAAGAGGGUUGUGAUGCUACUGGAAAAUAAUUCAUUCCCCAGGGUAACCACCCCAUCCAUCCAUCCAUCCAUUUUCUAUACCCGCUUCAUUCCUAAUUAGGGGGUCUGCUGGAGCCUGUCCCAGGACACAUUGGGUGAAAGGCAGGGGUACACCCUGGACAGGUCGCCAGUCCAUCACAGGGCCACACAUAUAGACAGACCACCACACACACUCCUAUGGGCAAUUUAGAAUUACCAAUCAACCUAAUGUAUAUGAUUUUGGACUGUGGAGGAAACCAGAGUAAACCCACGCAACUUCACACAGAAAGGCCCCUGCCUGUUCGAACCCGGGAUCCGAACCCAGGAGCUCCUUGCUGUGAGGCAACAGUGCUAACCACUAAGCCGAUUUAUUCCAUAAUUAAUAUAUCUUCUAAUUCUAUUGUUUAAUUUUUCCCUAAAUGUCCAUGUAUCCCAACUCAAACUUUUUCAUCAAAGCAAUUUGUAAAACAUUCAUAUCAUAUUACUGACCAGCGUGUCCCCGAACUCCGGCGCUAAAAGCCUGACUCGUCUCUGCUUUAGAGCUUUGAUGACGAAGGCCACCAAGAAGCCAAAUCUAAUACAGAAAUCAAUUCACAGUGGGGUCUCCUCAAGCACAAACAAAAUUUCAAUGUUAUUUGAUCAAAGUCCUGUAGGAAUCGGGGGGAAAAAAGGCGAACAAUGACCUUUUUGGCUUUUUAUCGAUCCUCGUAUUUAGCGGAGAAUAAAACGGAAUUGUUUACAGCUUGGUGCUGGCGGGGGUUAGUUUGUAUGUUUAAUGUGCAGAGUGGCUGGAUGCUGCGGGUCAUAAUAAUAUUAAUAAAACACUAAUAAAUAGUAAGUUAUAAUUUUAGAUCUAGCAAGAAGUAUGCAUGGACACAAGUCUCUAAGUCAGCAUGAGAUCCUUUUAUUUAUUUUGACAUUGAAUGACCCUAAGUUAGGGUUAUGCUUUUUUUUUUUUUUUUUGGGAUAUUUGGGGAAGCCCCAUAAAGACACAGGCCUGAUUUGAGCUAUAUGUUAUCCCCCCACGCCUUCCGCACAACACACACAGGACUUCCCCUGUGUGUGUGUGUGUGUAGAUGGGCAACUGUGUCAGAUGCAGGGUGUAUAAAUGGAGGUGUGAGCUUGUUCGGCUGCCUGGAGAGGGGAGGGGCGUGGGGAAAGUCCCGGUGAAAACGCUGACCCGACUCAUGUCUGCGUCCCAGACACCCCACGCUUUCCAUGAUCAUAUAGACUGGAAAUGUAAGCCCAUCCUAGCGCCCGGCGUUUGCGCGAUAUCAUCGUAUCACUCGGCUGCUGUGAUGCCACGGGUUUCUGCCGUGGGCGGGAUGAUGUCACAACACAUCAGCGCCCACCUCUAGCCACUUCCACUUUCCUCAAAGUGGGCUUCGAGUGUGAGUUUAACCAAAAUAAGUCUUCAGAACGUUCCUCAAUGUACACACUAGUGCUGCUGAAGCGCGUGAGUCACUGUUUCCAUGUCAACUUCCUGCCACGGUUAAAUACACUCCUUGAUCUUCAAGAUUAAUUAGGGUGCAAAAGGAAAUCUUGCACACAUGCCAUCCUGUGCAAGUCAACAUGAGUUUGUAAAUAAUAAAAAGACCUCGAUUGCACUUGAUAUAAAACACAAAGACACUCUAGAUUCCUGUAAAAUGUUUUCCCUUUAAUUUACUUUUUGUUUGUUUCCAUUCCCCACUCUGAGAUGAUUUACAAACACCCUGUUAAGCCCCACCCCUUAUUAAGCCCCACCCCUAACCACUCCUCCUCAUGGAAUGGGCUGAUAUGAGUCCAGAUUUUAAACAAGCAAGGACUUAUGGGAGUCUGGAACUCCCACAAUAUGUAAGAAUACAGACUAAUUAUGUACCCCUGUGCACUCUCACUCACUCUUUCUCUCUCUCUCUCUCGCUCACACACACACACUACUGUAGACUAUAAAUGAAUGAGGGACACCACAGGGUUGACCAAACAGUCAUUUCCCAUAAUUCCCCAGGUCUUAGGUGUCUGGAUCCUUCCGGUGAGAACCAUCGAUGUUUAUCUUCUUAUUAUUCUUCUUACCAAAAAAAAAAAAAAAGGAAACUAGGGAUUUGAGGGGAAAAAAAAACAGAAAAAGAAAAACAAAAAACAACACUUAUUUAAUUUAGACGACUCGCCUACGGAGGACAUACAUAUUUACAAGCUUCAAAAAAAAAAAAAAAAAACGUAAAA